AACAGAUAUUUUUUUCUCCCUCAAAUCACAACUUCCACAGUUUAUUAAUAUUCAUAUUAAAUUAGUAAAAAGGUUAGUUGGUUUUUUGUUAAUAUUUUGUAAAACCACACUUGUCAACUGGUUUGGAAACCUGAAAAUUAAGAUGAAUAUCAAGAAAACAAAAAAUGGUUUAUUGGCAAAACUCAACGUCUUUCAAAUGUUCUUAAUAAAUGACACAAAAUCAUCAGAAUAGUGAAAUCAAACUAAUAUUAUAUAGAUUUUUCCUCUCACUGACAGCUGCUGCCUCAGAUUAAUUCAUAGUUCUGGACGGUUCAGUAACUUUGUGUUUUACAGUUCAGGAUUGAUCUGCACCUGCAGAGCCUCACCUCCAUGUCUGCAUGGACCAAUCAGAGAAGAGCGAGCCUCUGAUUGGAGGAUGGAGCAGGAGCGGCACCAGAACCGUCCUGGGUGGAAGGAGCAGCAGCUGAAAUCUGGAUGUUUGACCCAAAUUCUGUCAUUCGGGAUGAAACCAGGAAGAAUUUGUGCAGCUCCACUUUCUCAGGACUAAAGUCUCCCCGGUCUCUGAAAGUUUCUCCUCCUCUCUGAAUAUUUCUACACACCUGUGAUGAGAACCAGCUGGUUCUGGAGGUCCACCUUCUGCCUGACGCUCCUCCUCCAGCCGGGAUCGGCUCAGCAUGAAGACGGGAGUUCGGUUCUGGAGCCCGGCUUCUGCCAGCCCAUCUCCAUCCCGCUCUGCACCGACAUCGCCUACAACCGGACCAUCAUGCCGAACCUGCUGGGUCACACCAACCAGGAGGACGCGGGCCUGGAGGUCCACCAGUUCUACCCUCUGGCCCAGGUCCAAUGUUCGGCGGAGCUUCGGUUCUUCCUGUGCACCAUGUACGCGCCGGUGUGCACGUUGUUGGACCGGGCCAUCCCGCCCUGCAGGUCUCUGUGCGAACAGGCCCGGAACGGCUGCGAGGAGCUCAUGAACAAGUUCAGCUUCCAGUGGCCGGACCGGCUGCGCUGCCAGAACUUCCCGCUCCACGGAGCCGGAGAGAUCUGCGUGCGUCAGAACAGGAGCGAUUCUGAAGGUCCGGCCGAGCCAAACCCGACCGCCCGGCCUCCGUUCCUCCGGAGCGACCAGCGGUUCUCCUGCCCCCCGCAGCUCCAAGUUCCGUCCCGCCUCAGCUACCGCUUCCUGGGGGAGGAAGACUGCGGGGCUCCGUGCGAGUCCGACAGACCCGGCGGACUGAUGCACUUCAGCCAGGAGGAAUUAAAGUUCAGCCGGGUCUGGGUCGUGUUCUGGUCCAUUUUAUGCUGCGUCAGCACGCUCUUCACCGUCCUGACGUAUUUACUGGACAGGAGGAGGUUCGUCUACCCGCAGCGGCCCAUCAUCUUCCUGUCUGGCUGCUCCUUCAUGGUGGCGCUGGCCUACAGCGCCGCCUUCCUGCUGGAGGACAAGGCGGUGUGUGUGGCCCGGUUCAGGAAGGAGGGGUACGGGCUGGUGGUCCAAGGGACGGAGAAGGACGUCUGCACCGUCCUGUUCGUCGUCCUCUAUUACUUCAGCAUGUCCGGUUCCGUGUGGUGGGUCGUCCUGGGCUUCAGCUGGUUCCUGUCCGCCGGGAUGAAGUGGAGCCACGAGGCCAUCCAGGCCCGCUCUCAGUACUUCCACCUGGCAGCCUGGCUGGUUCCGGCGCUGAAGACCGUCCUGGUGCUGGCUGUGGGCCGGGUGGAGGCGAUGCUCAGCGGGGUCUGCUCUGUGGGAGCCUACAGCCUGGAGGGCCUGCGGGGAUUCAUCCUGGCGCCGCUCUCCAUCUCCCUCCUCAUCGGCGCCUCCUUCCUGCUGGCCGGCUUCGUGUCGCUGCUCCAGGUCCGGUCCAUCAUGAAGCACAACGGCACCGAGACGGAGAAGCUGGAGAGGCUGAUGGUGCGGAUCGGCGUCUUCGGCUCGGUCUACACUGUUGGCGGUGGACUCAACUGGCGAUGUGGUGGAAAGGUUCCUGGGGGGUCCAUUAUCGUCUCUGGCUGUGGUCGGUUGAGGGCUGGGAAAGUCUCUUUCUCCAGGUGAUGGUAGCAGGUGGUAGCCCAUGGAUACAGUAGUCGGACUGAUCCGUCGACAAAUGUCUCUAUCCUCCCCCUGGGGGUGCAGCCUCACUGACUGCUCUCGCUCCCCCCACCGUAUCUUCUUCAUUCGUGUCUUGUAACAGGUGAUCGAGCAUGCCGUCAAGGUGAAGAAUCUGAGACAUGCCUUCAUCUUCCAUGCCACUUAGCUUCUCGCUUCUUAAGAAAUCGUCAAUCAGAUCAAACAGUUCUGGUUCACUCAGUGCCAUAAGGCCCUCAGCGUCUGGCCCCGAUCCGUCAUCAAUUGCGCUGGCGAUGACCUGUAGUUGACUGAUACUCAAUGCAAGCAGUCUCUUUCGGAUUUUGAAAACCAGCAUCCUUCGCGGGGUUGUGGUAGCCAUCUUUAACCUCUGUAACCUCUACUCUCUGGAUGACGCACAGCACUACAGCCUUCCUUGAAGCUUUGGACACAGGUUUUCUCUGUAGCAGUUCCCACUCUCCCCACUAGGUGGCACUGGUGAUCCCGGACGAGCCCCCAAUUGUUACCGGCCCCAGACCUAGGGGAAAUCUGGGCCGGCACAAGCGAUGCACAGGCAGGAUGCGCUGUGGAUCUGUGAAUAAUGAGGAACAGACACGUUAAUACGUUGUGCCUUGCUCUGCUGGCAGCGAUUUAUUAUUAACUGCGCAUGCGCGGGCAGAGAGUAUAGAAGUUUCCUCGUUUGUUCAUUCACUCACAGUAGCGCCCUCUACUGACUAGGUAGUCAUUGACAUGAGUCAGCUAAUGUUAGACAGUUGUUCUAAUCAUCUUAAAAUAAUCUUUUCAAAAAUGGGGGUGUCUGUUUUAGUAACACAUUAAUUUCUAGAUCCACUACAAAAACACUACAUUAUAGCUAUUUUUGGUUGAGUUUUCAGUAUAAAUACCUCUAAAUAUUUCAAACAACAUAAAACUAACUUAAAAGUCAUUUUUAAGCAAGAUAUAGGAGCUUGAUUUAAAUAAUUCCUUACUACUGAUGAAAAAGCACUACUUUCACUGGCAGAACCUGGAAAAAUGUCAUAUUUAGGCAAAAUACUCAGCCAAUGGAACUAGUACCCUUUUUAAAUCAAUAAUAAAGAAUUAUUGACUUAAAACAAGCUCCUAGU